GCGCCCCGCUGCGGCCGCGUGCUCAAAGCCCUGCAUUUCACUCGGCGGUCCGAAGAGGAGGCAGCCGCUCCAGGCCCGGCCCCUCGGCCACCUCCGGGAGGGCUGGAAGAAAAUAAUUUGCUGAGAUGUCAGCUGGGGAUUCUUCUAGAAAAACCUUGGAAAUGGAGUGCUUCCACACAAGAUUCAGUGCCUGGACACCUUUCAGCAACAAAUCAUUAAAUAGACAGCUCUUUCAGGAAAGAGUUGCUCUUAUAAGUCAUUGGUUUGACCUCUGGACAAGCAAGCAACGUCAAGAAUUCUUAUUCACGAUUUUUUUACGAUGCACCAAAUCACAGUUAAGGUUUGUCCAAGACUGGUUUUCAGAAAGGACGCAAGUGGCCAAAGUGGAUUUCUCUACAGUGUUACCACGCUUCAUUUCUCUCUAUAUCUUUUCCUUUCUGAAUCCAAAAGAUUUGUGUGCAUCUGCACAAGUCAGCUGGCCCUGGAAGUUUCUAACUGAACAGGACUGCUUAUGGAUGCCUAAAUGCAUUAGGUUCGGGUGGUUUCUGCCCUAUACGCCAACAGAUAAUGAGUAUGGUGCUUGGAAGCAUCAUUACAUUGCUUGUGUGUCCAGCUUAGAUUGGCUAAUACCUAGGGAAGCCACUGCUAUCUAUGGGACCCUGAACGAACCCAAACCAGAAGAUGAGGAGCUGCAGGAGAGACAAAGAGAAAAGUGCUUAAGAAAAAUAAUUUGGGAGAAAAUUGCACUACGUAAGAAGGAGUUAUUCAAAGUUCGACCCCCUUGGGUGAGCGGAACAUGCUGCUCUAGAUCGUUAAAAUCCAAACCCCAGCCACGUCUCUCCCAGGCUCUGAGGGAUCGAGUGGGACUACAUGAAGCUUUGGAGAAACAGCUUGUUUUGGCAUCCUUAGAAGCUUUGCCCAAGCGAAGCAAUGUUUCUGGAAGCCAUUCCUACCCUUUCUUAUUGAAGAAAACUUGGCAUGGAGUUCAUAAAAAUGAUAACAGUUCUUCAUAUGCUUCCCAGCCCCACUUCUUAUUAAUAUCAUCUCGGAUUCCUGCAUGCGAGAUGGUGGUGGACAGCAUUAAGACAGGUAUCAUUUCUGUGGUGUACGAACAUAGCGGCUUAACCUUGGAGAGCCUGCUUUAUCUCAUAGAGAAGGCUCUGGAUGGACAGAAGGUACAGAGUAUGGGGAUAUUUAGUGAUGGAGACAGCAGAGAAAUCAAUUUACUCCAAGGUUACAAAAUUGGUACUAAAAAUUUAUUGAGGCCUGAAGUGAGAGACUUCUGGGAGAAACUAGGAAGCUUUGUGGCCCCUGAAGAAGAAGGGGGUCACGUGGACCUCUUUGUACCCCUUGGAGCAUCAGAGGCAGGAAUGGAAGUUCUUUCCCAGUUGUCUCAACUAACUGGCACGUUCUUUACUGCCCCCACUGGAAUUGCAACUGGCUCUUACCAACACAUUCUUAGUGAUUGGCUGGGAAGACCGUGGGAAAGGGCUCCCUGUUCCAUCUACUUCAGUGAGUCAAAGCUGCAGAUGUGGUCCAGUUUCACGGAUUGUCUGGAAGACACCUUGAAAUCAGUAAGGAAACAGUUAAGUCCUCUCUUCAAGGAGUUGCAAAAGAACAUCAGUGCCAGGAUAAUAGGGCAGCUUACUUUUGACCACACGAGUAUGGCUAGCAUUCUGAAUAACCGAGAAAUUGCACAAGCUCUGGCAGAUGGAUUGAUGGAACUUACAAAAGAUAAUUCUGAAAGAAAUGUUCUAGAAGACAACCCUCAGGAUACAAAAUCAAGUCUCAGCAAAAACGAUCCAAAUUUGGAGAUGCUGGUUAAGCUGGAGAGAAAGCUCCAGAUGGACUCAGCUGAAAAGCGAUCGAGAGUUGUCGGGGAACUCUUGGAGAGCGAGAGAAAAUACGUGCAGAUGCUGGAAAUUGUGAGAGACGUCUAUGUAACGCCCCUGAAAGCAGCGUUGUCAUCCAACAGAGCGAUUCUCAGUGCUGCAAGCAUCCACAUCAUUUUCUCUGAUAUUUUGCAGAUUUUAAAUCUCAACAGGCAGUUUCUAGACAACCUGAGAGACAGACUGCAGGAAUGGGGCCCAGCCCACUGCGUGGGAGAAAUAUUCCUCAAGUUUGGAAGCCGGUUGAACACAUACACCAAUUUCUUCAACAAUUACCCGGUUGUUCUGAGAACUAUGGAGAAGUGCAGAGAAAUGAUACCAGCAUUCCGAGCUUUCCUGAAGAGACAUGAUAAGACCAUUGUGACCAAAAUGCUGAGCCUCCCGGAGCUGCUUUUGUACCCAUCACGAAGAUUUGAAGAAUAUGUUAAUCUUCUCUACGCACUGAGGCUUCACACUCCCGCAGAACACGCUGACCGUGGGGACGUGACCACUGCAAUUGACCGACUCAAAAAAUAUAAAAGUUAUAUAGAUCAGAUGAAGCAAAACAUCAGUAUGAAAGAUCAGCUGUCAGAAAUACAGAGAAUCGUCUGGGGAUGCCCGACUCUAUCAGAAGAAAACAGAUAUCUGAUUAGGGUCCAAGAUGUAGCCCAACUUCACUGCUGUGAUGAGGCAGUAAGUUUCUCUUUAAGGCUCUAUGAACACACCCGUGACCUCAGUCUUUUCCUCUUCAACGAUGCACUGCUUGUUUCUAGCCGGGGCACAUCUCAUACUCCAUUUGAGAGGACUUCAAAAUCAACCUACCAGUUCAUUGCAUCAGUGGCCCUUCAUAGGUUACUUGUAGAGGAUAUUCCAGAUUCCAAAUAUAUCAAGAAUGCAUUUAUUCUUCAUGGUCCAAAACGUGAAUGGAUUUGUGCUACAGAGGUUGAGGAUGAUAAAUUCCUAUGGUUGUCAGUACUCCAAAGUGCAAUCAAAAGUAGUAUGGAGAAGUGAGAAAACAUUAUGGGCGCUUAUUCUCCCUGGCAAAGACAAUGUAUUUUCUGUUCCAGAAGAUCCGUAGGAAGCAGAAUGAUGAUUUGUCAUGGAUGAUGGGAGAAUGAACUAGGACGACCCAUAAAGUCCCUCCUAACUUCUAAGCUUUAUCGUCUGUGUUCAACUAUGUGAAGAAAUGUAAAGUACAAACAAAUUGAGUCCAAAAUUUUGCAGCACUUCUUUUGGUAGUUAUUUUUCACAGACACUAUUGUUUAGAUUAAUUUGACAGAACAAGGAUAAUUGUGUAUUUAAAGUUUUGUUUUAUGAUCUAAUGAAAACGUCAGAAUAAAAAAAUGUUUCUUAAGUGAUCGGUCUAGAGAAAUAUUUUGUUGACUUACCUAUCAUAUCUUUAUAAAUUUUCAUGAUAUAAUUACUGAUUUUUUUUUUAAAGAUUUUAUUUAUUUAUUUGAGAGAGAGAAUGAGAGAGAGAGAGAGAGCGAGCAUGAGAGGGGGAG